AUUACACCGCUGUCACAAUGGCCAAGAAGACUAAGUCUAAGGUUGACACAAUCAACUCCAAGCUUCAGCUUGUGAUGAAGUCAGGUAAGUAUGUGAUUGGCACCCAGCAGACGCUUUCCACGCUUCGUCAGGGCCGUAGCCGUCUUAUAGUGAUCUCCAACAACUGCCCACCGGUGCGCCGUGCGGAGAUCGAGUACUAUUGCACACUCAGCAAGACCCCUAUUCACCACUAUUCAGGCAACAACCUUGAUCUUGGUACGGCUUGUAGCAAACAUUUUCGUGCCUGUGUCCUCUCCGUGACGGACUUUGGUGACUCGGAUAUUACAGCUUAAGAGGGUCUUCAGGGAGGAGUUUAGUACGUCUAUAUAUGUGACAACUUGUGUAGUCUGAAUACAAGUUUCGUGAUUUUUACUUAAAAAAUAUCUUUUAGGAAUAAUUCGAAAAAAAA